UCAAAGUGCUGAAUGAAAACAGAGUGGUGAGAAAUUGAGGGAAAUCGCGGAAAGUGGACGAAAUGAGCGCGCCGAACGCCCCAAUCACCACAGUUGAGAGUCUGUCGCAUGCCUUGAAGUGCAACAUCAUCCCCAAUCAGGAAUACCUGCUCCAGGGCUCAAUUCUCGACAGUCAGGUGGAGCAUCUGCUGCACAGACUCAAGGGCUUGUGCGACAAUGUGGAUUCCGGGCCGGAGCCCUUUCACGAUCACGAGAUCUGCUUCAGUUUGCGCGGUCAGAAUCAGAAUCAGCAGCUGCAAUUGCGCGUGAGGAAGGCGCAGGACAUCGACGCUCCAUAUCAGCUGCGCUACAUUGGUCAGCCCGAGGUGGGCGACCGCUCGAGACCCACCCUGAUCCGGUCCAGCAUUGACAUCUCCUGCACCGCCUCCGUGCUGGAGUUCCUCACGGAGCUGGGCUGUCGGAUUGACUUUGAGUACGCGAAUCGCGGCUACAUGUUCCGCAAGGGACGCAUGAAGAUCACAGUGUCGAAGAUCUUCAAAGUGGGAGGACUGCAGCCCACGGAUCCCAUCUCACAGAGCUACCUUGUGGAGUUGUCCAUCCUGGCGCCCAGCGGCCAAGAUGUCAUCGGCGAGGAGAUGCGAAUCUUGGCGGAGCAACUCAAGCCGCUGGUUCAGCUGGAGAAGAUUGACUACAAGAGAGCUCUAUAAGAAUUACUUCCACUUUCACAACUCAUUAGCGAUUAAGGAUUACUAAAAUGUGAAUUUUGUUUAAUAAACUGCGCGAGAAUGAUAAGAUUGAGUGGGACAAUUGUGCUGCAUUCUGAAAAAGUAGAUCUUUUUGCUGCAAUUAAUUGCAAUUUAUCUCAAGGCAAAUGGCGGGAAAAAUCACGAUGACUUCAUCUGUAGAAUAAUGAGACACAACGGCGACCGAUCGGAUGAAUAAUGAGUGGAAAAUAUCGGAAUGCGACAAUUUUCUUUCCAUUGUGGAAUUUUUUCAU